CCGGCCCCCGCCUCUCCCACCGCCCACAGGCCGAGUGACGGACGUGGCAACUGGGCAUUUAUAGCGGGACUGAGCGGGCCGGGGAACCUGCGCUGCGGCGGUGGAGAGGCAGCGAGUGAGAGCGGGCGCUGGUCCCCGGUCCACGCCGCAUGAUGUUCACCUUGGUCCUGCUGCUCGGGGGACUCUUGCAAGCGACGGCCGCUUACAAACUCGACUUUGAGAAACCGCAGGGACUGGCCCGGGGCAGAGUGGAGGUGAAAGCUUUCGUUCAGGAAGACUUGCCGCUUUAUCACAACCUGGUAUUGAAGUACGUCCCGGGAGCAAAGCCCGAACUCCUUCUACUGAACUACAACCUUGAAGAACUCGAUCGAGUGAACCUUAUGCCUUUGACCAGGAAGGAAAUCAACGAGUUGCUGCUGAAACUGGGGUUCUACAAGAAGCAGAGUCCCGAUGCCCCAGUGCCACCUGAGUUUUACUACGCGCCACUAUCGGGCAAGCCCACUGCCCACACUGCGGCCAAACCCCUUCCUGAAGAUGUGACCGAGAAACAGGAAGAUUCUGACGAUUCUGACGAGUUGAAGGAAGAUCUAUAGACAAAUGUUGAAAUGUUAUUGCUUUGCCUCCUAAACAGAGGGCAGGUACAAGUGGAUUGUAAAUCUAAUGGCUCCUGCUUUGUUUUAUGGCUUCAGUUUCCUUAUGAUCCCAUUUUCCAUCCAUCUAUCUGCAAUCAACACCUUAUUUAUUUUUAACUCCCUGUAAAUCUGAUGGGUCCACUUGUGACAAAAAAAAAUAGACAGGGUUUUUGUGCGGUUGAGUCUUGAGGCAAAUUGAAUGAAGUCUUCAAUUAUCCUUUGGGUGGCGCUGUGGUGCAACGAUAGAGUUACUGCCUUAUGGUGCCAGAGACAUGGGUUCGAUCCUGACUACGGGUGCUCUCUGUACAGAGUUUGUACGUUCUCCCUGUGACCACGUGGGUUUUCUCCAGGUGCUCUGGUUUCCACCCACACUCCAAAGACGUACACGUUUGUUGGUUAAUUAAGUUGUUGUAAAAUUGUCCCUAGUAACAAUUGCUUUCAAGAGAGAGCUAGAUAGGGCUCUUAAAAAUAGCGGACUCAGGGGAUAUGGAGAGAAGACAGGAACGGGGUACUGAUUGGGGGUGAUCAGCCAUGAUCACAUUGAAUGGUGUAGGUUAAUAUACAAGGUGAUCUCUGGCAGGCACGGUCUCAGUGGGCCGAACGGCCUGCUUCCGCACUGUAUCUCUACAUUCCAGUGUGAACGGGUGAUCGCUGGUCGGCAUGGAUUCGAUGGGCCGAAGGGCCUGUUUCCACGUUGUGUUUCUCAACUAAAACAAAAACUAACGGGCAUGUGGCAUAUUUUAAUUCUUGGUCUGCAAACCUCCAGGUGGAUCUGGUUCGGAUGUUGCUUUGAGUCAGUCGACGUUCACAGAAUGAUCACAAGCAGCAGAACAACCGAUUAGUUAUUGCAAAGAGCGAUCCUUGGGCUAGACCCACGAUCUGUGGUUUACAAUCUAAAUACCUCACAACGCCUCAGUCUGCUGGCUAAAUGUACAAACCCUCAAGCCUUGUACACUAGCGAGGUGCCAGCUUCUGCCAGAUGUGCACAGAGUCAGUCAGCAAUACGUUCAUUAGACAUAGGAGCAGAAUUAGGCCAAUCGGCCCAUUGAGCCUUCUCUGUCAUUCAAUCAUGGCUGAUCUAUUUCCCCUUCUCAACCCCACUCCUCUGUCUUCUCCCUGUAACCUUUGACAGUCUUACUAAUCGAGAAUCUAGCAAUUUCUGCUUUGAAAAAUGCCCAACGACUUGGCCUCCACCGGGUCAGCACGGUGGCGCAGCUGUAGAGUUGCUGCCUUACAGUGCCAGAGUCCUGGGUUCGAUCCUGAGUACGGGUGCUUGUCUGUACGGAGUUUGCACGUUCUCUCCGUGACCUGCGUGGGUUUUCUCCGGGUGCUCCAGGUUUUUCCUCCCAUGCUCCUAAGACGUUUUGGUCUGUAAGUUAAUCAGCUUGGUAUAAUUGUAAAUUGUCCUUAGCGUGUGCGGUGAUCGCUGGUUGGCGCGGACUCGGUGAUACAGUGUUUCCACAUUGUAUCUCUAAACUAAACCAAACACCGCCAUCUGUGGCACUGAAUUCCAGAUUCAUCGCCCUCAGGCUAUUGAAAGUUCUCGCUGUCUCCAUUCUAAAUGUACAUCAGUAACCUUGUUAAUAUGUGUCAUUAAUUGUUGCUGAGAUGUUAUCAAGGAUAAUGUAUAAACCAUGGAGUCAACUGGCCCCUGGUUCUGCAAAUGAGAUUCCCCUCUUACGAUAUCUAGCAGCAAAAGCAGAAUAUGUCUGAAAUACUCACCAGGUCGGGUCAGGUCAACAGUGCAGGGAGAGAAAUUUAAUUGUAUUUCAGUUCAACAAUCUUUUAACUGACCUGCUGAGUAUUUCAAGAGUUUUCUGUUGAUUUCGGAUUUCAAGCAGGCAUGAUAUUUUGCUUUUUGAUGUCUUUUAUUUCGUACUCUGCAAUACUUUGAAGUUCCAGAAAUGUUGCAUUUUAUUCCACAAUCCACUCUGCACCUGCCCCGUGUAAGUCACAGCCGCCAGGGAUCUCAGGCUGGGUGUGUGCUGUUUGUGCGUGAGUGCCUCCAGUCCUCCAGAGAAAUGAAUGAAGUUCUCGGCUGAAAAGGCAACCAAGCUGAGAACGGAGGUGAAGUGUUCCUGGAGACGAAAGGCAUCCUGUACAACGGCCGCACCCCUCCACGGGUACUUUUUCUCUGCCUGGUUUACAAUAAAAUUCAAUGAUCCCAACACAAACUGUCUCUUCCUUCUGGUGUGGGUGGAUGAAUCAUUGGUCAGUCACCGUGUGAAUAUUUGAAGGGAGGAAGCAUUAAAUCAUUGGGCUUCUCCACUCUUGCAGAUGGCUGGGGUGGGGGAGACCUCUUCAAACCAAUUCAUGUUUACUUUAGGUUAGAGUGGAAACAGGCCCUCCAGCCCACCACACUAACAC